UUUGACGGGCCACUGGACCGGUUUACAGCUCACCGCCGAACAAGGGGCUCUUUGAUGCUUUUAUGUAGCCGAUUUCGUAAAUAAUUAUCUGGACUCUAGAAUCACAAGAAUAGGCUCGUAGUCAAAGACUUCCUCCCUGGAAACAUACUAACGCCCUAAUCAGCAUAAGCGGCGAACAGUAAAGCGCAUCGUUGAGAUCUUGAUGCAUCAGUUUUGAACUAUUUGAUCAUUCCUACAAUUGAUUAUUUUGCCUUUUCACAGCCAUUUUCACGGCAAUUAAAUGUGCACGUGGAGCUGAUGAAACAUCCACCUCCUGGAUCAUUUCAUUAUUCUUGCGCUGAAGACAGAUUUCAAGUUAAUGUUUCGCCAAGAGGUCGGUGUCCUAUCCUUCAUUCCGUCUUGUUCGUACCUUUUCCAAUACGAGAAGAGGAACAUGUCUCGAUAUAACAUCUACAGUCUGCUGGACUGGAUAUAUGGAGGGGUGGACCCUAAGUUUGAAGGCAACGGAGGGCCCGAGUGUGCCGGCUUCAUCUCCCCUCAGCAGAGAAUAGUCGAGACUCUGUUCAUCACCGCCAUCUCUGUGCUGGAGCUGGUGGUGGCUCUCAAAAAAGUAAAUGUCCCUAAAGAGGUCCGGGAUGUGGGCAAGGAUGGACGCCGGACGAAGGAGGACAGCUGGUGCAAGAACUUGUUGCUUGUGCUGCUGUGCAUGACGUUUGGGGUGGAGGUCGGGUUCAAGUUUGCCACUAAGACUGUGAUUUACCUCCUCAACCCAUGCCAUGUGGUCACAAUGGUGCAAAUUUUCCUGCUUGCAUGUCCUCCCUGCAAAACCGCCAUGGUCAUCUUUAGGCUUCAGGUUCACAUGCUGAAUGGAGCCCUUUUAGCCCUUCUCUUCCCAGUGGUCAACACCAGACUGCUUCCAUUUGAGAAGGAGAUCUACUACAUUCAACACUCCAUGCUGUAUCUCGUGCCAAUCUACCUCUUCAGAAAAGGAGGUGUGUAUAAGCCGGAGCCUCUGAGUGACAUGUGGUGGGCGCUGCUGUCCACCGGCAUCCUCUUCCUCUAUCACUUCAUCUUCCUCCAGGGCCUCGGAAUGUUAACAGAAGUGAAUCUGAACAACAUGCUGUGUCCAGCUGUCUCAGACCCUUUCUACGGACCAUGGUACCGAGUGUGGGCGACGGGCCAUCAGACCGCCCUGACGUUAGUGCAUGGCAAGGCCCUAACCAUCCUCUCGCAACACACUGCUCCAACGUGCCGGUAUCUACUGGACAUAGCACGUUUACGCAACAAGAAGGUGGACUAAUGUUGCUUUAUCUGCAGUCUCACGCAGACCAGACACUCCUGCACUUGUCUGACUGUAUCCUAUACAUACUGAAGCUGAUUUUUAUUACACACCAUUUUUACAUUUGUCACUGGGAGUAACAACUUGCAGUCCAAGCUGACAGUGACAUCUGCAUUUUAAAAGCUGGAUAACCAGAUCGGAGGACUGUUUUUGCACCGUAGGAGCAGGUAACACUUGGGACUCACAUGACAAACCUUGCCUUGUUCUUCUUAAUUCUGAGUUUUCACAAAAUGACAAUUCAGUGAACUCGGAACAGACGUAAUCUUUCUUCUCAAGUUGCCUUCUCCAAUUAUACCCAUCUAACAGAUAAAUGGGGCCAACCCGGUUUCCAUUUACAUUGCUUUUCACUCGAUAGCUGUUAUGUUGUUAUUGACCCCAUUUCCUUAAGCCUUGCUUGCUGGCUCUCAGAAGAAUUGUGUUCAUCUCAAAACAACACUGUGUAUAUUAUCGAACCUUUGUGGAAAGCAUCAGUAUAGUGGUACUGUUUGUUUAGGAGAUUUUGCAGUCCAUUUCUUUGUAAUACCGGUGUGUAAAUAGUCUCAACAUUAAAUGAUCAAAUGUCGUUGUAUUUGUUCACAUCCACAAUAUGAAACAAGCACUUUCUGAUGGCUAAAGGUGCAGUUGACUGAUUCCAUUCAUUAUUGAUCAAGAGGCCAGGCCCUUGAUGCUAAUACUAUGAUCAUUUUUAACAGUAGUUUUUAUUUUUCUGUCAUUAUCUUUACAUUUUUGAUUGUAAUUCUUUAGAUUUUCCUUAUUAGGAAAGUUGAAAAGGCUCAAGCUUAUGUUCCGUUAAAUUAAUAUAUUUUGUUUAUAGUCUACAUUUUUUGUUACACACAACUAGUGUAAUUCAAUUCAUAGGAAGUUUAUAUUUUAUAAACAGCCAAAUAGAUCAAAAAUUCUGGGUUCAACACAAGUUAAGCUCAAUCGAAAACAUGUGUGGCCUAAUGUUGAUUAACAUAAAAAUGUUAAUCAAGGCACUUACAGUUCAAUCCGUAAAUGCUGAAAAUACUCUGUUUCAAAAGGAUAGUCACAAGUGGGGCUGCAAAUAACAAUUAUUUUGAUAAUCGAUUAAUCUAAACGAUUAUUAGAACGAUUAUUCGACUAUUAGCAGAUUAUUGCAAUGAAUAACCAUUUGCUCUUUACCGACUAUUCAGCUUGUGCCCCGAUUUAAAAGGUUGGAUUAAACGUGCUUACUAACAAUAAAGAGGACAAAAUCAUCUUUUACAAAUUCCUUUAAAAGACAUUAACUGAAUUAACGGGGCGAAAAAAGACUUAUUAGGUUUAAUUCAGUAAAGAAUUCAUUGCAAAAAAUCCUAUUGUUAUCAAGUGUUUUUGUCUUGUUUUCCAUUUUAAAUUGUCUAAAAAAAAACAUUUACUUGAAGCAACAUAUAACAUAUUU